AUGAAACACUUUGGUCCGCUAGCUCAUAUGCAGCUGAUGCUCUUUAUUAUCACCAGCGCCUGCGCUCGUUGUUAUUUUCUGCAAGACGCUCUUCAUGGCGAACCGGAAGAGACAACGAGCACACGAGGACUUGCAAGACGGUCGUUGUGCGAAGUCCCAGAAGAUACCACGUCGAGACCAGACAGCACCCGACAACUCCUCAGCGGAGAGUAUCGAUCCGCCGGCCCUCAACCACUCCAGUCCCUGGCGCUACCCACCUGA